AUGGAGGAGGCCGGGUCCGCCUCCCCCCGCGGCCUUGGUGAAAAAAACGCGAACAAACGGAAGAGAAGCGCGGGGUCCCUGGGACCCGGCCUCAAGGCGGCACAGGGAGUCGUGUGCCCGGGUCUCCCCGUGCCUCCCUCCUCCUCUUCCCCGCGUCUCCCCGUGUCCCCCCCCCUCCUCCUCUCCUCCUCCCAGUGUGACCCCGCGUCUCCCUUCUCCUCUGCCCCAGGUCUCCCCGCAUCUUGCCGUGUUCCCACAUCUCCCCGUGUCGUCCUUCUCCCUGUGCCCCCCCCGCCGCCUUUUCCCCGGCCUCUCCCCGUGUCUCGUAGUUUGUCGAAGCGUCCCCGUAAAAUCCUCGUGUCUCCCUGCCUCUGUUGGCCUCCCCGUGUCUCCCCCGUGUCCCCCUCAGCGUCUCCCGCCCUCCUCUGCCGCCCCCCUCGCCGCGUCUCUCCCCGACCCGGGACCCCCGCGACCCGGGACCCCUCCGCCAUGGGCGACAAGGCCGCAGACACGCGGGAGCUGAGGUUGAAGAGCCCCAGCGGCGUGGAGCCGGCCGUCUACCCGUGGCCUCUGCCGGUCUACGAUAAACACCACGACGCUGCUCAUGAAAUCAUAGAGACCAUCAGGUGGGUGAGUGAGGAGGUGCCCGAGCUGAAAAUGGCCAUGGAGACUCACGUCCUUGUGGACUACGACACAAAGAGUUUUGAGAGUAUGCAGAAGCUGUGCGAUAAAUACAAUCGGGCAAUCGACAGCAUCCAUCAGCUGUGGGCGGGCACCGCAAGACCCAUGCGGAUGCAGACGCGGCCGUGCACGGGGCUUCUGCGCCACAUCCUGCAGCAGGUGUACAACCACUCGGUGACCGACCCCGACAAGCUCAACAACUACGAGCCCUUCUCGCCCGAGGUGUACGGGGAGACCUCUUUCGACCUUGUCGCUCAGAUGAUCGACGAGGUGCAGAUGACCGAGGACGACACCUUCGUCGACCUGGGCAGCGGUGUAGGUCAGGUGGUGCUACAGGUGGCUGCCGCCACUCCCUGUAAGCAUUGCUACGGUGUGGAGAAGGCAGAAAUCCCAGCUCGAUACGCAGAGUCUAUGCAUGUAGAGUUUAAGAAGUGGAUGCGGUGGUACGGCAAGAAGCACGGAGACUACACGCUGGAGAAAGGAGACUUUCUAUCUGAUGAGUGGUUGGACAGGAUCGCCACCACCAGCGUGGUGUUCGUCAAUAACUUCGCGUUUGGACCAGAGGUCGACCAUCAGCUGAAGGAACGCUUCGCCAACAUGAAGGAGCGAGGGAAGAUUGUGUCAUCUAAGCCCUUUGCUCCUCUCAUCUUCAGAAUAAAUAGCAGGAACCUGAGUGACAUAGGCACGAUAAUGCGGGUGGUGGAGCUGUCUCCACUCAAGGGCUCCGUGUCGUGGACGGGAAAGCCUGUGUCGUACUACCUACACACCAUCGACCGUACCAUCUUGGAGAAUUACUUCUCGAGCCUCAAGAACCCCAAAAUCAGGGAGGAGCAGGAGGCGGUGCGUCGCCGGCAGCAGAAAGACAAAGAGAACAAGGGGAGCUCCAAUAGCCCCUGCAAGUGCGGUGACCCUGGGGUCUGUCCCCCCGAGGGAUGGACCCCCCUGCAGCCUGCACAGGAGUCGGCGCCACGGAUAGAGCAGCGAGAAGAGAAGGCGGCACGCCCGGCCACUGGGACACCAUCUCCACCAGCACCACCUCCAUCGGCGGCAGCAGCAAGAGCAGCAACGGCGGAGUCCGGGAAGGGCCCUGCGUUGGGCCCCGGCGUCAACGGCAAAGUUCCGCGCUUGCGCCGCAUGCGGGGGCGGCGCCUGUGCCUCAAGAGGAGGGGGAGGCCCAGGAAGGGCGUGGAGCCCCGUGCCGCUGCGGGCAGCCCUGUGGGGGCGGGCGGUGGCGUGGAGAGGUUUGCUCGGAGGGGUGGGAGCGGCGGCGGGGGUGGAGCGGCGGCUGCGGACGCGGCGCUGGAGCUGCUGCAUGCGCAGACGCUCACGCACGUGCAGGGCACAGACGUCCGGAGCCCCCCAGGUAGCCCCUAUCGGGGCCUAGCCCAAGCCUUUCCUGGACUGGGUGCUUCUCCUGGUCUCAUGGCCUCUACACCUCCUGCAUUGUACAGACUCAUGGACUCAUUUAGGCUGCAGUACAUGCAGUUAAUGUCUCACAUGCGCACGCCUCAAUACCGCUCCAGUCUACAGCAGCAGCUGCAGCAGGAGGAGGCUCGUAGCGCCCGUCUCGGCCGCUGUCUGCAGGCGCUGCAGGAUCAGUGCCAGAACCAGGAAGCGGAGCUCCUGACGGCGCUGAGGCAGCGCUGUUCUCAGCUGGGUUUGUCUGGCACCAGUCUGUCAGAGUUGGCCUCCACACACAGGCAGGGGGUGGCGCAGCAGAGCCUUCUGCGGCAGCAGGGCCAGCAGCUGGAGCACAGCAUCAGCACGCUGACGCGGCGCUGCUGCCAGCUGCUGGCCGCGCAUUGCCGGGAGUUGGGGUUGGAGGUUCAAUCCCUGAGCGAGGAGACUCUGAGCCGGGAGCUGAUGGCGUUGCAGCUGAAGGUGGCGCACAACCAGCGCAGCGUGGCUGAGCUGCAGAUCAACAUCCUGGAGCUGGAGCGCCGGCGGGCGGAGGCCGUGAGUUCGCCGCACAAGACUCUGCUGACCGGUGCCGACGGGAAGAGCGACGGGGCCCAGGUGGUCGGGCCAACGUGGGGCCACGAGGGUGGGCCUUCCGAGGGGCUCGUCAAUGGGCACCACGACCCGCGCAGGGUGGUGAGACUGCGGCCUUCCUCGUGUGCCCCCCGUUCCCGGGAAGGACCCCCCAUGUCCUCGGCCCCCCCUGACUACACACGCUUCUCCCCGGCCAAGCUCGCACUAAGGAGGCACCUGACGCAGGAUGGGACCCCCGACUCGCACACGAGCAUUCCCAGCAGGUUGGAGGAGCAGCAUGAGAAUGGAGUCGGAGAUCAUGACCUCGAUGGGGUCGACUCCCCGCGUAUACCCCCACCACCUUUCCCUCUCUCCCCUCCCCCAGCAGCCGAAACAAACUCCAUGGAGGAGGAGUGCCCCACCGUCACCGCCGCCCCUCCCCGCAAUGCUGACGCCAUCAGGAGCCUCCCCGUGCGCAUCCCCCUCAGCACUGUGCUGCCCUCGAAGGCACCCGCUGGUGGGGGGCAGCCGCCCCCCAAACUGCCCGUGAGCAUCCCGCUGGCGAGCGUGCUGUCACCCGCCCCCCCUAACACCAUGCAGGACGACCCGGAGGCGGUGCGCUGUGCGUUCCUCCGCGCGCGCCGCCCCCCCCUCGCCUCCUCCUCCACCGGCAACUCCACAGUCAGCCCCCAGCUCUCCCCCACACACGGCAACCAGAGGAGGACCCCUGCCGAAGGGGGGUGGAGGGGUCUGGGGGACAGCCCUACCAGGACACCCCUUGCCUGCCCGCCGAGGGGACUCGCUUCAGGUCUGCCACUUUCCUCCAUCUCCAGCCAAGAUGGGCCAUGUGCUCCCCCUCUUCCCUGCCAGCCGGUGGCCCCCACCCAAGGCCCUCCUGGAGGAGGAGGCGCCCCCACCUUCUCCCCAUCUCCGCUGGAGGGGGGCCCCCCGCUGCUCCUGCCCGCCAACCUCUCCCCUCCGCCGCUCAACGGCGCACCGCUCCUCUCCCACAACUCCCUGCACUUCUCCCAUAAUGCAGCACACCUCUCCCACAAUUCCCUGCACCUCUCCCAGAAUUCCGUGCUGCCCCAGCAGGGCGGCUGUGACCCCUUGGCCGACCCCAAUGGGCGGCGACGAGGUCGCAAACGCAGGGGCCAAGGCGGCUCCCUCGCCUCCUCGUCUUCAUCAUCCUCGUCAUCAUCGUCCUCAUCAUCGUCACUUUCCUCCUCUUCCUCCUCUUCGUCCUCGUCGUCUCCAUUGCCCUCUUUGCCGAAGAAGAAGUCGCUGGGAGGGGUGAGGGGGAUACGAUGCCAAGCGUCAGGGUCCCCACUCAACAUCACCGCUAUGGUGAGCACCAUUAACCAGCCGCUAGAAAUAACGGCAAUCUCCUCUCCCGAGACGUCUAUGCGAAAUUCUCCGGGGCACAGUGGAGCAGGGGAGGAGGGUGGGGUCGCCGGGGGAGGAACCGGAGGCGGCAAGGGCCCUUCCCAGGGGGGCAGCCCCUGCAGGGGCCCCACGAUGACUCCCGAGGCCGGGCAGGGGAGCGACGCACCCAGGGGCAGGAGUGGUGGGACAAGGGAAGGAGCUCAAGACAAAAUGAACCAGCCCAGCAAUGAUGCCUCCCCCAUGCCCCCCCCGUGCCUCCCCUUGCCGAUGACGCCGCUGUCCUUUCUGCCGCCGGUGCCCCCCCACGCUGGCGCCGCGGUCUUCCCUCCCCCACCCCCCCCGCCGCCGGCACCAGCAGCCUCGUCGGCGCCACCCACACUCUUCCCACCAACGGCGACGCCUCCUUCCUUCUCCUUCCCAGUCGGCACCACCUCCUUCCAUUUCCCGUCGAGCACCAACACGAUGUUCGUCUCUUCGCCGUCGUCAUCGUCGUUAUUGUCGUCGUCGUCAUCCUCCUCCUUACCGUCGUUGACCACGGUCCUCCGGACUUCCCCGGCGCCAGCGCGGCCCCCGCUAGCCUCCUUCCCUCGGUCGGCGUUCCCACUGCUGGGCACCACCUUCAGCUCACUGGUGCCACUGCUGGUGUCUCCUCCCCACAACAAUCUCCACAACCCCUCGUCCCAACCGCCACCGCCGCCGCCACUGUUGCCGCCCGCGCACCACCAGCGCCACCAGUACCAGCAGCAGCAGCAGCAGCGGUCGGGCAGAGUGGGGGCGGCCGGGAAGGUGGGGGCGGCGCCGGCGAGGCCGGGCGUGGAGCCGCCGCUCGGGCUGGACGGCGCAGUAUGGGUGCCGCUCGGAGUUCAACCGCCGUUCCCCGCAAGAGGCUGAGGGGCCAGCGUGGCCUGACGGCAAGCACUCUCUCACCUCUACCUCGAGCUGUCUCGCCAUCAGCUAUGCAAGGAGAGUUCUGGUGCUCGAAGUUACUGCUGAAGACUUCCCUUGACUCUGAACACAAAAGGUCUCAAGGGGGGGACGGGAGUAGACUGGGGUCUCAAGGUUAAUGGGGGCUUAAGGGGCAAACUGUUUCAAGGAAGUGUUUGGGCCUUGAGAAGGUGCGGGAGCGGGGGGGUGGGUGGUUAUGGGGAGGAAUUUAAAUCUUGGGUAGGCUCACGUUUCAAGGAAGAGACUGUGGUCUUGGGUGGGGGGAGAGAAUGGGUGAUUUUGGUGACGCGAGGGAACUGCGCUCCCACGGGGGGCAAAGCGCGUUCAAGGAAACCUCGAAGGCGUCUUGGUGCUAUUUCUCUCAUCACUCUGACCUCAUUCUGGGGCCCAGACGGGGCACCGCCAAAUGCGACAAGCGCCGUUUCCUCCCGAAACAAAAAAACAAAACCCCGCCAUAUGGCUGGUCAGGCUGAGCUGUAGAAACUUCUCCACCUUUUCAUCCUCUCCCUCCGCACGCCAGGGAGAAGACAUCUCCCCGGGAGGUCUGACAGCGCGCUUUCUUGAAUCCAGUGCCAUCUCGAUAUUGAGUUGUCCUGAGCCAGAAUUAUUGACUUUUGCAGUCGCAGUCAAACGCGACCCGAAGCGAAUGGAGCGAUUUGAGUAGAAUUUAGACAGCCUCGGUUGCUUGUCGUUAAAAUGUUUUUUAAGUAUAAAUGUUUAAAACAAACCUGACACAUCAUCAAUAGUAAUGAUAGCACGAUGUCACAAGGCAUGUUGGAACCAUGCCUAGCAAACAUCCCCAGUAAUUUUCGUAAUUUAAAUAUUUGUGACUCGUCAAUUUGUCCGAGAGCAGUCACGAGCCUUGGUGUCGGAUUAUUCCGUCUCCGCGACUCGUAGCGCUGGCGGUCACCAAUGGUGGAGGCAGCUGUAACUGCGUGCUGGUGUUUGUGUUUUCAUACGGCGACGGUGGUGGCGAUCAAUGUGUUUUUUGCAGAAUUUUAAAUUCCCGUGCACAAUUGA